UUUGUUACACGAGAGUGAUUUCAGGAGAAACACGCCUAACCAACAUUGUAGAAAGGGGGUUCUCCAAAAAUGAAUGGACGCCGCAUAAAUGUGGAUUGAAUACAAAAACCUAGUUACCAGAACGCCGAAGUGGUUUAGUUACAAAGAGAAUGAAUGAUGAUUAAAUCACAAAGCGAAUCUAUCUAAAUGAUCUGGGAGAAAAGAGACCUCUACGAAAACCCGACUGGAAUAGAUGGAACUGACGAGAUCCUCAAGAAAUAAAAAGGACCGAGACGCAAAUAAUAAAAUGCAGGACAUGAGGCGUGUAUGGCCGCGUUGGAAACAAGCACCUUUGCCGAUAUAAAAGGUACACAGACGAUCCGGCUCUUCUUUAGCUACGUUUUCUCAUUUCACGCCUUUAAUUAUUCCGUUUCUCGCUCCCUUUGUGCGCCAUGCGUAGCGUUGCUCAGCUAGGAAAGGAAGAGCGCGACCGUCCGGAAGGCUGUUGUGCGUGUCGCUUUGAACGCCCUGCAUGGAGCGGACCCUCUUUUUGAGAAUUGAGAAACCCUGCUUGGUGCCUCAGCGUGCCAAUGAACAGAGCUAAUCCUGGCUUAAACCGCAAGCACAUUCAAGCAAGCUACGGCUCGGGCCGUUGCACAACCUAUCCGCAGCAAGGCUACGCCGGCCCGGGAUUCCAGCAGCUUCCCUCCCCCCCACCGCCUCCCGCCGCCAUCUCGUUCAACCGCGGGGCGGAGAGACCCCAAUUCAGCAGCUCCGCCGCCAGCUGGACCUCCGUGCCGCGCCGGAUUGGCGAGGACGCCUCUCCAUUAAAGCGGGCCCAGCCAGUCGCCAGCCUCCCCCUUCCCCCUGAGCGUGCGGGCGCCUUUGGCGAGGAGGAAGAGGCGCUCGCGGUGGGAGGAGGCUCGGCGGUGUCAAAGGGGCGGCGAGCGUUUCGCGGCUCCUGAGGGGGUCGAGCCUCCGCUCGCAACAUCUUCGCCUAAGGGCAUCGCUGGCAGCCGCUUCCCGCGGCUGAGGAGGUCCGCGCUCUCCCGCUGCUGCUCGGCCUCCUCGAUGCGCGGCGGCGGCGGCCACGACGUGGGUUUCCUUCGCUGCCUGCGCGCUCCGGGCGGCGAGCAGCCGAGCGAGCGCGCCAGCAAUCGACCGGCUGCCUCUAAUCUGCCCCCAGCGCUGCCCGCUCCCGGCUACUUUGCGCCCUCGCCCUCGCUGCCCCCUCGCCUUUCUCCCCGCCCCUCCCGGCCAACGGUGCUGCUCGCGAGUCAACUGUCUUCAUGAGCCCCGAGGAUGUCCGGAAAGCAUUAUAAAGGCCCCGAAGUGAGCUGCUGCAUCAAAUAUUUCAUCUUCGGCUUCAACGUCAUCUUCUGGUUCCUGGGCAUAGCAUUUCUUGGAAUAGGUCUUUGGGCAUGGAAUGAAAAAGGGGUGCUGUCCAACAUUUCUUCCAUUACUGACCUGGGUGGCUUUGAUCCAGUUUGGCUCUUCCUUGUGGUUGGAGGUGUGAUGUUCAUAUUGGGCUUUGCAGGAUGCAUCGGUGCUCUGCGGGAGAAUACUUUUCUUCUCAAGUUUUUCUCAGUCUUCCUUGGAAUAAUCUUCUUCCUGGAACUCACAGCGGGAGUUCUGGCAUUUGUUUUCAAAGACUGGAUCAAAGACCAGCUGUAUUUCUUUAUCAACAACAAUAUCCGAGCAUACAGAGAUGACAUUGAUUUGCAAAAUCUCAUAGACUUUACCCAAGAAUAUUGGCAGUGCUGUGGGGCCUUUGGAGCUGAUGACUGGAACCUCAACAUUUACUUCAACUGCACAGACUCCAAUGCUAGUCGAGAACGGUGUGGAGUACCUUUCUCUUGCUGCACUAAAGAUCCUGCUGAAGAUGUCAUUAAUACUCAAUGUGGUUAUGAUGCCCGACAAAAACCAGUAAGUUUUCAAAACUUCUUUUUGGAGAGGAAAUGGGAAAGAAGUGCUAGAAAAAUGUUGAAUGUUUUUUUGUUGUUGUUGCAGGAAGUGGAUCAACAGAUUGUUAUUUACACAAAAGGCUGUGUCCCACAGUUUGAAAAAUGGCUGCAGGACAACUUGACCAUAGUAGCUGGCAUAUUCAUUGGAAUUGCAUUAUUACAGAUAUUUGGCAUAUGCUUGGCUCAAAACUUGGUUAGUGAUAUUGAAGCUGUCCGAGCCAGUUGGUAAAAACUCUUUAACGUAAGCCACACAAGAUCUUGUGGGUAACCACAGUUCUCAGAAGGCUCCAUGUGGCCCACAUGGACUCAAAGCUAUGUGAAAAUGGGUGACUGAGAAGUUUUAAGUUCUCAGCUGAUUAAAACAGCAUCACACCUUUGUUUAUUCCACAAUGAGCAGCUCCAGCCACCUAGUUGUGAUGAAUGCUAUUAAAAACUGCCAGUCUAAAAUGUACUGAGCCAUGAAUCUCUACUGUAUCCUUGACUGAGUAAACUGGAGGAUAUUUCUUCCGUUUCUUCUGUGUGUGUGGCAAGUGGUCUGUGUCAAUGGAACUUCAGUAGAUGCAUCGUUUUGUUUUCUGUGUUGCAGCAGACCCUCCAUGAGGCAAUUUCCUUUUGCCAUUAAAGAAGUGGCCGAGAGACCUAACGUUUCUUUGGGAAGAAAUCCCACGAAGAGGCAACUACUUAUCUACUUCACAUGUGCUUUGUUUUCUGGCAAAAAAAAUCAUCACUCUUCCACAGGAAAUUCAGUAUCUGUUCUAUUAGGUCCUCUGUCGAAUAACAACAGCUUUAAUUAUUUUACAACCUCUUGCAAUCUUUAUUUCACUGGACAGGGAACUGUGGAAUCAGCAAACUUCAGGAAAGAGCUAAAAUAGAGAAUAUUCUCCAUCUGUAUUAGUCGCUAGCAAUAUGUAAAUGAAGAAGAGAUGAAGGUAUUCAUGCUGGGAGAUUUGAUGAUGAGAUUGAGAAAUAACGAUGAAUUUAGAAGCAGAAACAAGCACAGCAUAUUCAGUUUCAUGGAUAAAAUGAAUUCUAAAGAAACAAACCUGUUUGGAAUAGUUUUUGAUAUCUUUACUUCACACUAUAGUAGGGCAAAUGCUUUUUGUCCCGUGAUAACCCUUUCUAAGUAUAUCUUGUUAUACCCUCUUCAUAGAGUUGGUAUAAACUUUUAAAAAUUGCUACUCCUUUUUGAUUUGCUGGAUUUGAGUGGGCUUCCAGUUCAAACAAACAUAAAUGAAAUGCUGACCAAUUUACGUUCUUUGGUUUGCAUUUUGCGCUGGCUUCAUUACCAUUUAGUUGCCAUUGCAUUUCCUUUUCUGUCAGUUAAAAUAGAAUCCUUAAUGAAAUAUGUACCUCUCUCUCAUUUUUCAAGCAGGAGCAACAAUUGGAUAGAAGAGUGUAUUUGUGUAUUUCAAUGAGAGCAUUGUGAGUCAGUUUCAGUAAAUUUAUGUUUAUGUAUAUUUAAGUACCAAUGAAAAAGAAAAUUCUGAUGCCUCUGUGAAAAGCAAUCUGAAUUUGGCUGUUAAGGAUAUGCAUUUAGGCUUAAUCCCACUCUUUUUCCAGGGUUGGCAGUGGAGAGAUGACAAUCUUCAAAUUUGGCAGCGACUGAAAAUUAUUGUUAAAUGAAGUAGAACAUGGAAAAGAUAAAUACAGUAUUUGAGUUCUACUGGUGUGCAGUAGCUACUUAAAAAUAUUAACGUCUCCAGUCUGGUGUCACCAGAAAUAUUAGGAGUACAACUCCAAGAAUUCUCAUCUAGCAUUGAUAGGCACCAAGUGGGGGGACGCUGCCCUAAUUUGAAAAGGAAAACAAGUAAAUGCACGAAUGUCUUGUUCAACUCUCCCAUUUUGUACCCAGAGCUAAACAUUCUAACUGUGUCUAGUAUGACUUCACAUGACCUUUUGUCUAGGUAACUGAGUUCUGAUCAGGGUCCUAGAAUGGGUAACUGAGGCUCAUUUACACAAGGAAGUUAUAUUUGUGUCAGUCUCAUUCAGUGAACAGAUUCUCUUAGUUUUUAGUCCUUGAAUUUCUUAAGUGAAGGAAACAAACAAUGCCGAAUAAAACGUACAGUGGAUGAAAACUGAAUGACUUUUUAUGAAUCUCUAGGACUUGAAUAGCUUCAUUGUGGAACAUUCCAGAAACCAAACAUGAAAGAUCCUGAUACUAUAAGAUGUACUGAAUAAACAUUCCUUCUUUUUGCUGCUGUUCUACAUUUCUGAAAAAAUUUUCCAUGUUUCUGAUUAGAUGUAAUAAUAAUUUUGCUUCAGAUGUUUAA